AUGUCCGACGACAACACCUUCACGUCAUACGAUCAGUCGUUCGACUGCCCACCUUCUUAUUCUACGCAUGAGCCUGCGGCAUAUACUGCAUCAGACAACUUCUGCAGUACCGCUUCCCAUCCACCAACACACAACACUCCCGAUCACAUCCACUCCCCUCCGCCCGCCCAUUUCCCCGACGCCCACCAUUCAUCACACCACCAUUCCGCACCCAGCGACCCAAACUACGACAUCGAAGCCGCAUCGUACAUGGUGAACGCUAACAACACUACGAACAUCGCUCUCUCCUCGCUGCAAUCAAACACCGCAGAGGUCCAACGCACAACCCGCAUACCAGCGGCCGAGGCCCCAGCCCAUACGCGCAGCACUGCAAUCACGACGCCGAAGCGGAAGCUGAAUUCUGAGGAAGACGCCUGCUGCUGCUUCACUAUCAUUCUGGCCGUGGUGAUCGUCGUUAUCGUCUUGUCUGUAAUCAUUUUCAAAGCUAAGAAGGAUCUGAAGAAUGGGAAGGUUCAAGGUAUAAGUGCGGAUGGGAGACUGAGUGGUGACUGGGAUGACUUGAACGCCUUGAACGAUGCCCUGGAUGGACUGUAUAGGGGGAACUGGGGGCGUUGA